CAGAGACAGUAGUAGCAGGUGUUCUGUACCGGCAGGACAGGAGACUUAAGAGGCAUCUCAACGUACACCGGCAACAAUACAGUAGCAGAUCCGACUCAAAAUGGACGCCUAUUCUGUUGACUGUAGACGAACAAACAACUGCAUAAUGACAUGCACAGAAUAGCAGUCUGUCAUCGAAAAACUACAGUAUUAUCUUAAACCGGUUUAGUGUAAAUAACAAUGUAAAGAUCGAUUAAGUAAUGGAAUAUUGGAAUUAAAGAUUAUGAAACUGAGCUAGUUAUCUCACGAGAAAGAGCUACAGAAUCAGCGAGCUGUGGCCUCCUGCAAGUGUUAGUGGUUAAAACGAGUGAAUAUGAUUAAAACUGAUUAAGUCAAUUAAUUGUAGAAGUAACAUAGCAAGGAGGUUUUGUUUAAGGGUGUUUCGGAGAAACGUACUCAGCAAACACAAGGACCAAGUGACUUAUAAAUAUAAAACGUUAUGUAAUUAAAGUCUUGAAACAGGAACACAGAAGAAAAUAUGUAAGAACAGAGGUUCGGAGCAAAGUGUUGAUUAAAACGUAUUUUUUUAAGUUCUACUGAGUGUUUGUGUCAUAAGAAGACUAGGAGAUACAGAAUUCAAUGCAGACUGGUGUAAAAUUGUGACACAACUUCACAUCGGAAUACUGGAAACGUGCUGGGACUGGACUAAAGAGGAUUAACAAAUCGUUUUCCCGAACUAUGGAAACGAUCUCCAUGCUGUAGUCCAGCUUCAUCCUCGCUUCCGUCAUUCAGUCUUACAAGUUCAAGGUUUCGAUAAAGCGAAUGAACCAAACCGUGACUGAGAAAGAUGGCGGCUACCUUUCGUCUGUUAGACCAAGAACUGUUGACACAGAAGAACAAGAUUUACAACAGAAGCAGGGAGACAUGGAAAUAAAGUUUUAUUGAUGCUACUGCUUCAUACGAAGUUCGGAAGACAAAUUCUUCAGUGAAGGCUACAAGUUACUAUGCAGUGUGAAGCUGUUCUGCUAGGUAGGCAACCGGUGGACGGGGCGAUAGAUGCUUCCAGUCUUGCUAGCUUGAUCCGAUCCCUGUUUCCUGCAACCCGCAGCACAGUGGUAACUCGAGGAUGGACAACCACCAGAGAUGAGCGACCAGACCGACGAUAUAUCCUUCGCUGCCGGGAUGGACUCGAAAUCGUAAAGAGACCAUUCCACCAGAAACAUCAAUUAAAACGGCACGAUGACGAAGGGUUCGAAUCGGAUGGUGAUGACGACUCAGCCUCAACUAGAUCUCUCGGAUCAUCAGCUGAUGACACCAUGAGCAAUUCAUCAUCAUGUUGUUUUGUUGACGACCAUGUUUUCAAGUGCCAUCCAAAUGCGACGAUCACAACGCUAAGUGGGCGACCAACGCCUUCAACGCGCGUCAUAUCUUCGUCGACUUCUUCCUGUGUCUCAUCAGUCGCUACUGAUAGCGCCAACAGCAGUGGAGCUUCUGAUACUGAAGACACAUCGGUUCCGUCUACGCCUUCCCCAACAGCUGUGAAUACAACCUCUGUGUCUGCUCUUGUCAAAUCCCUUUCACUCUUUCAACAGAGAAAUGGUAAAAUGGCAACUUCUAAAAUAUCGUCACCAGUUACGACAAAUAAAGAUGGUUAUGAUGACACGAGAGAAACAUAUGCUGUUAACGAAAUUGCGUUCUGUCAUACGGAUCCUUCAUUUCAACGCAUUGUAGUCUGGGUUGUAAAGAAAAGGAGGUCUCAAAGAUUGUCUCCGUCUGGUACAGAUACAUCAUCUGGCUUAGAAGCUAUAGUGUUUGAAUGUUCAAGUGAGGAAAAGAUGAAGAAGCUAUGUGAAAGCUUCCACGAGACGAGUAGACGUGUUAAAUUAGAACAGUACAGGCACCCUCACAGGAGAAAAGACCCAUCUCUAGCAUCAAGCAGAGAACAUUCAUCAAUCAAAUGUUCAUCUCUAACUCCAGAGUCCAUAAUUAAAGCCUUAAAAGAAGCGUCACAAAAAAGUUCCACGCUUGCAGCAAUAACGAAACCAGUAACGAAGCCCAUCCGUGCACCAACGACAAGAACUUUGUCCAACGGCUCUGGUCCUGGAAGUGAAGUUGAAGUCCUUUCAACAGUUGCAGGAACCAGGUUCAAUUUAGUGCAAAGGACAGAUGGAGACGGCGUCACUCACAUUGAAGUCUCGAGGGGUCUUCAGACGGAAAACCCAGUCGAGAAUUUAAUAGCAUUAGAUGAUCAAAAUUUGGAUGGACCGUCCAGCAUUAUAAGUAUCAGCACUCCAGAUGUUGGUAAUCUUCUAUCAGCAAAUAGCAACACUGGAACAAAGUCGAGGUUCUGCAAGGAGAUAGAAGGAAUAAUUCGCUCUGAUGUCGAUGUUGGAGGAACGCGGAAGGAAGUAAUACAGAGACAAAGACAACCUGCGAUACUGGUAAUACAUUCAGGUAACGCAGACGACGACAGUGGUGGGGAACUCAGAAAGGUGUGGUCCCCUCCAACAUCAACUGUGCCCCAAACCUCGAUGGAAGAUGACGAAACUAACCCCAAUUCCUCAGGCCCUCAACGCCCGGAGCGAAAGAGAUACACGCGCAGAAACAAAGCGCCAGCCCCACAGCCCCCGUCACUUUCAUCGCACCUCACGAAAGGCCCACAUCAACUGGACUCAGUCAGUAACAAGAAAUCUCCCUCAACAAAGAGCCAGUCGGAUUCGAAUGCAGCUGCAAUGCCACAAAAAAGAGUCAACAGCAAUAACAGUAACAACAAUAACCAACAAAUGGUGGUCAGAGGACAGUUCAUCAGGGUAUCAGUCGAUCAACAACAGCCUCAACCGACGAUGGUUGUGCCAGUAAUUCAGCAAGGUGCUUGGAUUUAUGGUAAUGGCGUGGCCAAUGGUAAUCUUGUAGCGUAUUCGCCGGCACCUCCGAGCUGGAGAAUGUCAUCCACAGCAUCACAGAAAUCAAGUUCGAAUAAGAACCAUGCAAAGAAGAAUAAUGUUGAGGACUCCUUCUCCAGUUCUUCGACCACCACUCAACACCAACAGCAGGCACAGACCCAGCAACACUUCCGGAAGAACAGAAGUCGCUCUCGCAAUGUUACAAACGGAAGUCGCCGCAGCAAGAGUCCGCCGGCAAGAAGGCCGAUGGCGUAUCGUUACAUAGACACAGUCCCUGCUUCAAAUACCGCCAACUCCUUAUCCAACAGAUUCUUUGGACUGUCUCAAAAAUUAAGGGAGAUAGGAGGCGCUGUCGUUCAUUCAUCUUCGCCGCCAUUGUCAUAUAAUGAAACAGGGCGUAGACGAAAUAGCAUCGGAGAACUGCCGGCGAGAUUUGAAUACAUCGGAGAAGGGUGUGGAGGAGAGCCAGAAGGGAAGAAUGGAGGAAACCUAAAGUCCGUCAUAAAAAAGAACAGGCGAAUAGGAGAAUACUCAGAACCGAAGAAAGUGACUUUCAGUGCGUAUGCAACAGUUCAGGUAGUUGAUUAGGUAAAUGUGAAUCCGGUGGCUAAACAAGAAUUAUGAAAGUGACGGUUAUAUCCAAAAGUCGAAAUUUAACCCUUGUAAUCUAAAUAGCAUAAUCUUAAAUAUAUUCUCACCUACUAAAGAAUAUUUUAAUAAUAAAAAUAUGACAUAACGAAAUCAUCUUUAUUUAUUUGUGAAUUAAUUGACGCUCAACAAGUCUCAAAACACUUUAUACCGUUUAAUACCAUUAUAAACAAUUAAUUGGAAAUAAUGUGGAAUAAAGCAGUCAUGGCUUCAUUUUAAGCACUAUCCCCCAGUUUGCCUGGAGGGAUUGAGGAAGACCACGAAGAACCUUCCUUCAGGAUAGCCGGGGUCCAGGCCGAGCUAUGAACCACAGCGAUAGCUAAUCAGCCGCUACAUUCGAUCGUAAAUAAAUUCUAAACCAUUCAUCCCCAAGGAAGUUAGCUUGUGCCUGUUUUUGAAUUACAAUUAACCUUUGUUCAUUAACAAUCUAAUCAAAGGCGAAGAUUGCUGGUUCUGAGAUACACUUUAUUUUUCAAGUACGUCCAUGUGCCUGUGCCAGUAGGCAGGUAGCUACAAAAAUAAGCGUGCUAAUAAAACUAUAAGAUAUGCAUUUCAUUUGCAGUAAUAUUUGAGGGCAUAAAACACAUAACUCCCGUCAUUCUUUUAUUCACAGACUAAGUUACGUCGAUCAAAUUUCGAUAAACAUGGAUGUUGAAAUGUGUCUUUGCAAAUAGAAACCCAUUUAACAAAAAGCAAGUUGUUCUCGAAAAUAAAUAUUAUGUAGGCCCAUGGUGAGCUUAUAAGAAGAAAGAUUCAAUUCAAUUAAAUUAAUUUAUUUACGUAUUUGCCAACAGCAAGAAGCCAAUAACAGGCAAACACUGAUAAUACAUACAAUAAUAUGCCUGUAGAUUUAAUUUCAUUUUAAACUGAGAUUGAAUGAGGCAUAGCUAAUAUGAAGCAUCGUCUGAGAAAGGAUAUACAAAAUUGUCGACUAAUGGAAAUAAACGACAACCUUAGACUCUCUAUUACAAAAAAUAAAUAAAUAAAGCACAUAGACACGACUAUGCAAUAAAAUUGGGUAAAAUACUUUACAUUAAUGUUUGGAACUAAUUAUGCACUUUGAACAAGACUGUCGGUUAUUGGCAGGCGUAAAAGUUAUUCAGCACUGACAAAUAUGCCCUCAACGGUUUGACACAGAUAAUGCCAUAGAGGCAGAAACCCUCAAAAACCAAUUGACCUCGAAACAGCCAUGUCCGCGCGUCUUUCCUUUUGUGAGUAGGUUUGCACAUGCGUUCGCUACAAGAAGAAGGAGAAAGAUGCAGAACAUUUGUAGUGUUUUGAUGACGAUGGUCUUUCAAAGAGAGGAAUCAGCAAUCAUAACAACACCUACUGUUUAUACUUAAUUGGCAUCAAACUAGGUUGGAGAGAAAAGCAUGAGUAAUGAUUGUGACCGACACUCAAACACGACAGGUUAUUACAUAAUUGAUAACUAAAGUUAAGUCUGUGCGCCCAUACUGUCCGCAAGCGGGUACAGUCUCUGCAGCGAGUUGUGUAUCAAAUGUUGACAUACAUGCAUGGCACCUACAGGGGCAAAGAAAAGAAAUUGCCCUAAAAUAGCAUCUUUUAAAACACGCAAAAUCGGAUAUUUUACUUCUAAGCGUAUUUGAACGUAUUUAAAUUUAUUUACAGAUACAGUCUACAUCUUUAUUUUCAGAACAAAAGAACAUAGAGGUGAACUAUGCAAUUCUGUAAAGCGUAGGUGGUGAAUUAUGUAGAGUCCGACAUUGCACGCACAGAAGUCGUCCAGUUCGUCAUGUAACGUUCCGACUGAAGAAAAUAAUGCGUAACAUAAUUGCUUAAAACUAUCAACCUUAUGUUAUAAUACUCAAAAGUACGAAGAAUUGUUCACACAUUACAUAAUGUGAUUUAAAUAUCUUCACUUCAAAUUAUUCUGAACAAACCUUUUUACUUAUUCAAGUGUAAAACUCAUCUGUUCUUCCUCUGAUUUUGGAACUGUCUGUGACCUGCUUCCACCAACAUGUAUUUAAAACGUUCAAUAGAAUCAAGUAUUCUCUACGUAGUUCUAGAAACAAACUGUUACAAAACUUACUGCCUGGACUUUCAUAAGACAGUACAGUACUGGGAUACCAAAUGAAGAACAAACCUCCCGUUAAAUAACAAACACUUACAAGAACGGCCUCAGGCUAAACAACGGAACGCAGGCAUCAAUUCGACGUUCUUGAAUGCCUAUUCCGCGGUUGAUAUCAGACGAAUCAGGUAUUUUACGAUAUCGAUAAUGGAAAAGUAAAUACAAACAUACUAUUUAUGCUUCUCUUUUCUGAGCUAUUCCGAAAUGGCUAACAUAAACAUAUACAAGUAAAUCCACUGGUUCGCUGGUGAAGGCACAUGCGACAUAAAAAUGUUAUUACGUUUCAAAGUGGCAUUCAGUCGAAUGAUUCCAGUCAUUUAAUUUACUGACAUAUCAAAUGAUUUCAAGGUCAACAUAAUGGUCCUCAGAUCCAUUUGCCGUAAUGUAGCUUCUACUUUAUAUUAAUUGAUAUUUCAUAGUUCGCUGAACAAAUUAAAGAACGAUUUUUAUUUAAGUAUUUGUGUCCGCACUUUAAGAAACUAUUACGCAAUUAAAUAGACGCAUAUUCAUACAUUGAUAUUCAAAAACUAUUGACAGUACAUUUAAAUAACGGUGAAGAUCUGUUGAUAACAUUAAGACUGAAACGUAUUUAAGAGACAGGGAUAUAUUAACUGAGCUGUUUUGGCUUCUCCUACCUUUCUGAAGAGGUACCGCCACGGUGACAUUUGGAGCAGAAGACAGGUGUUACCGAAUGCUUCGGCGAUGUUACACUUAUUACCACGUCCGCAAUGACACCAACCUGUGUGCAUAAUUCAUGACAUUAAUAACUCACGAUAAAACAGUGUAAUAAGUAAGGAACAGAUCACAGAGAAGACAGAAGAUAUUGCAGUUAGGUUAUGGUCUAAUAGCAACAACUGGCCACAAAUCUAUUACACUAACAGAACUAACGUUUGCCCCAUUUCUUAAAAAAGUUUUGUUUUUAUUUUUCAACAGAAGUGUUGUAUGGAAAUUUUAUAUUUAUGGUAUAUGAACAAUAAGACCAAACAUAAAGAGUUCAGAUUAAAUAAUCAUAUUCAUAAAGCAACAGAGUAGUUGAAAUUGAGACGUACAAAACUAGCUUAUUACGAAAAACAUUUUUAUGAAUUUCACAUUCUCUGCCUGAACUCUGAAGAUAGCUACCAGUUAUAACAAAAGACAAUCACGAAACAGUUUUCUGUGUUCAAGGAAUUUGCCUAUUAAGAAUCUUCUGGAAGAUGAUUCAAAUAUUAAUAUUUCCGUACUGGAAAAUAACAGAGUACACACAACACAGUCAUUUUAAAGUGCAUUUUUACUAGUGUUACUGUAUCUGAAUGAAUAUAAAAAAAUGUACUCAAAUGACA